AUGCUUUCCCGGGCCGCCGCCUUCCCGCGCCUGUGCACCCGCAAGCUGCACACCUCGACUUCGGUGCUGAGCGGUAGCCCCGAAUGGUAUUGGGGACCCGAGAAGGCUGCCGGCCGCGAAUACGUUGGACACGGAGCCACCGGAGACAACACCUACACCGAUCGUCUCGAUUACUGGUACCCGGCCAUCCGAUUCCGUGUUGAGGAUGCCACGAUUAAGCCAGUCCGGGCCAAGGAGCAAGGCGACUGGAAAUCCCUCUCUGUCGAAGAGAAGAAGCAGCUCUAUCGCCACUCUUUCCGUCAAACCCUCGCCGAGUUCGAAGCCCCCAGCGCCUACUGGAAGCUCUGCCUGGCCAUGGGGUUGUCGGUCCUCGCCUUGGCCACCGCCUACGCCACCUUCCUGAAUAACGUCGUCUACCCGCCGAUCCCACCGACCUUCCAGGACGAGUACAAGGAGGCCCAGAUCAUGCGUACCAUCGUGCUCGAGAAGGGAGCCUUCCUUGGACCCGCCAGCAAGUGGGACUACGAGAACAACCGCUGGAAA